AUGAGUGGUUUGGAGAAAGCCUAUGACGCUUUAUUAGAGGUGGUCAGCUAUCCUCUGCUAUACAACGACGUAAUCAAAACAUUGAACAUAGAAUGUCCUAAAGGUGUGUUGUUAUAUGGGCCACCCGGUGUUGGCAAAACAUAUCUGGUUGCUUCUAUUGCAAAGGUUUGUGGAGCAGAAAUGAUUGUAAUUCAAGGCCCCGAAGUCUUUGGUCCUUACAUAGGAGAGAGCGAAGAAAAACUGCGAAACAAGUUCAAAGAAGCUGCUCUUUGUAGUGAGCAAAAGAAAGUCCCGGUCAUCUUGUUCAUUGAUGAAAUAGAUGCUUUAACACCCAACAGACAAAAUGCGCAAUCUCACGAGUCACGGGUAGUGGCUCAACUGCUUACGCUGAUGGACGGUAUGGAAAAUCGAGGUCGAACUGUUGUGAUUGGUGCAACAAAUCGACCAAAUUCUCUGGAUCCAGCUCUUAGACGGCCGGGAAGAUUUGAUCGUGAGAUAUUAAUUGACGCUCCAAAUGAAAACGCACGACUUCAUAUUUUACGAUCGCAAUUGAAAAAGGUUCCAGUUCUCAAUGAAGAUGACGUGUUGGCAAAGCUAGCUGUGAUGACCAAUGGGUAUGUCGCAGCAGACCUUAUGGCAUUGUGCCGUGAGGCUACCAUGUUCAGCGAAUUAUCGGUGACUAUUGAUGACUUUGCCGCCUCCAUGUCGAAAGUUGGACCGUCAAUACAAAGAGGCUACGAAACGGUAGUCGAAAAGAAAGGGUGGGACGAUAUCGGUGGCCUUGAGGAUGUGAAAAAGAAACUUAAGCAAGCAACCGAGUGGCCGCUCUUACAUAAAGAAACAUUCAAAAGACUUGGUUUGAAACCUCCAAGAGGAAUCUUACUGUUUGGCCCACCGGGAUGCAGCAAGACGACACUAGUCAAAGUCAUCGCCUCUGUUUCAGGAGCUACUUUUCUUUCCAUCAAUGGUGCGCAAAUAUACUCUCCUUUUGUUGUCCGAUCGACGUUUCAAAAAGCUAGAUCUGCUGCCCCUUCGGUCAUCUUCUUGGAUGAAAUUGAAGCCAUUGUGGGAAAAAGAAAUCUAGGUUCUGGUGGUUCAGGGUCUGAUUCUGUUCAGGAGAGGGUGCUUUCUACUCUAUUGAACGAGAUGGAUGGUGUUGAACUAGCAUCAUCAGUUCUUGUCAUUGGUGCUACUAAUCGGCCAGACAUGUUGGAUGCUGCGUUGAUGCGGCCUGGUCGUUUUGACAAAAUUAUCUAUGUUCCACCGCCUGAUUUUGUAUCACGACAGCAAAUUCUACAUGUUCAUACCAAAGAUAUACCAUUAGCGGAGGAUGUUGAUCUGGAAGAGAUUGCUGACAAGACAAAUCUUUACACGGGAGCGGAUUUGCAAAACCUGUGCCGAGAAGCCGCUAUGAUCGGCCUACGACAGAAUAGAUCAGCGUCCAGCGUGGUAUGUAUUCAAUAUGACUGA